AUGCAGAAACUCCUUCGAACCCCAAUCUUCCGUUCGAUGAGAGCCCGAUACAUUACUCCAUUUUCCACUUUCACUUCGCUUGACAAUCAUAACAUUGCCAACGAGGCCCUCACACUCAUCAAUGAAGUCCGCCCAAUGGAACCGGCUCUCGAGAAGGUAAGCCCUUUUCUCAACAAGCAAACCGUUGUUUCCAUUCAAAAGGCCCAGCUGAAGCAACACCCGCAAAUUUGUUUCCGCUUCUUCAUUUGGGCUGCCAGGAGCCCACUCCUCCGGAGCGGGUUCGCCCAUAAUUUAAUUGUUGAGAUGCUUUCGAAUGUUCAGAAUGGUAACAAUAAUGAAGUUGAUAUGUGCUGGAGUGUUCUUGAUGAUAUGAGGAACGAGAAGGUACCCAUUUUCGCAGAUGCUUUUGUGGUGUUGAUGUCAGGGUAUUGGAGGUUGCAAAGGGCGAAAAAGGCGGUGGAGACGUUUGGUAGGAUGAAGGAUUAUGAGUGCAUGCCAAAUCUAGAUGCAUAUAAUGUUAUAUUGCACGUUAUGGUUAAGAAAGAUGAUGCACUUAAGCUAUUCGAUGAGAUGAAUGAGAGGGGAAUCUUGCCUAGUAAGGUUACAUAUACGGUUAUCAUGUCGGGGUUGUGUCAGGCGAGGAGGACAGAUGAUGCAUAUAGGUUAUUUUAUUUGAUGAAGAGUAGGGGAUAUAGUCCAGAUAUUAUAACGUACAAUGCUUUGCUCAAUGGGUUCUGUAAGUUGGGUCGGAUUGAUGAGGCAUUUGCUCUUUUGAAGUCAUUUAGGAAUGAUGGUUAUGUGAUUGGGAUACAGGGGUACAGUAAUCUGAUCAAUGGUUUGAUUCGAGCCAAGAGGAUUAGUGAAGCUGAGGAAUUGUUUUGGAAGGUUUUCAAGGUGGGUUUAACACCGGAUCUUGUGUUGUAUACUAUUAUGAUACGCGGGCUAAGUGAUGCGAAAAGGGUGAAGAGUGCAUUGAAUUUGUUGAGAGAUAUGAUGGGAAGAGGUAUCAUUCCAGACACACAGUGUUAUAAUGCAUUGAUCAAAGGGUUUUGCAAUGUGGGGUUAUUAGACCAGGCUCGAUCGCUUCAGCUAGAGAUUUCUCAGCACGAUCAGUUUGUCGACACUUGCACUUACACUAUCCUCAUUUGUGGUCCAAAUCACUACAUUACUCUAAUCUACGGGCUGUGUAAGGCUGGUAAGCUUAAGGAAGCUCACCUUGUGUUUUACAAAAUGGAAAUUGGGAAGAACCCUUCACUGUUUCUUCGGCUUUCUCAAGGUGCUGAUCGUGUUCUUGAUAGUGCAAGCCUACAGAAAAUGGUGGAGAAGUUGUGUGAAUCUGGGUUGAUUCUUAAAGCUUACAAGCUACUCAUGCAACUCAGUGAUAGUGGGGUUGUACCAGACAUCAGGACGUACAACACCCUGAUCCAUGGCUUGUGCAAAGCUGGACAAAUUAAUGGUGCUCUUAAGCUCUUCGAGGAACUCCAGCUCAAGGGCCUUCUCCCUGAUUCAGUGACAUAUGGUACGCUUAUUGAUGGUCUUCAAAGAGUUGAUCAAGAACAUGAGGCAUUUAAGCUCUUCGAACAAUACUUAUACUUCCCCACAUUCGGAUCCUCAUCUGUGUACAAAUCACUAAUGACUUGGUCUUGCAGAAGGAGGAAGAUUUCUGUAGCUUUUAGUUUUUGGUUGAAGUACUUGAGAAGCCUACGUAGCCAGGAAAAUGAAGUAAUCAAUAUAGUCGAGAAAUGUUUUGAGAAAGGGGACAUGGAGAAUGCUGUUAGAGGGUUGCUUGAUAUGGACAUCAAGUUGAGAGAUUUUGAUUCAUCUCCUUAUAACAUCUGGCUGAUUGGAUUAUGUCAAGUAUCUAGAGUAGAAGAGGCUCAUAAGAUAUUUUCUAUUCUUCAGGAGUUUUGUGUUAAUGUAUCUGCUCCGAGUUGUGUGAUGUUAAUUCAUGGCCUAUGCCAUGAAGGAAAACUCGAUGAAGCAUUUGAAGUUUUCCUCUAUACCAAUGAGAAAGGUUACCGGUUGUUGCCACGAAUAUGCAACAAUAUGCUCCAAGCUCUUCUUUGUUCCCAAGAGAAAUCAGCUCUUGCUUUUGAUCUUUUAAGCAAAAUGAAAUCCAUGGGAAAGUCUAUAGUUGAUCUGAUGUUUUUUAGGUAUUGCUUUUGGAGGUGA